CACCCGGUGCCGAGAUCUUAUAUCAAAACAACAGCCCAGCUUCAAACAUUGUUAGAGCGUAAGUUCGUUAGGCGAAAAUCGAGCGCACCGCAUCAAGCGCAAGGCGACGGACGCUUUCCCACGGUGCGGGCGUGUUUCCCCUCGAGUGGGCGGGGGCGUAAAGUUUGCGAUAAUUUUUGGACGAGAUCAUCGAAUUUUGUGCUACGGGGACGCCCGGGCAAACACUGCUUCCCAGCAGCAGCGCGUCAGCACCAAGCGGGGAGCACGAACACUGCUGGAACAGUCCCGUUGCCAAAGUGAGCCAAAGGGAGAGGGCAAAAUAAAAUCAAACCACAUCAUCGCCGUGCCGCAGCACACGACCGGGCUGAUGCUGAUGCUUCUGUAAACCGGCGGCCCAGCCGAAACAACCGCCGACAAGUGCCACAAGAGGGCAUCGAGAAAAAGAGAACGAUAGCAAAGCUCAAAGGAACCAACAAAGAGAGAGAGAGAGAGAGAGAGAAGCAACGAAAAAAACACAACAACAACAACAACACACAAACAAGGUCCCGCAGUCUUCUAUGCAUUGUGACACGCCGGUCCAGCGCACCGCAGCACGUCGGCCGCACGGAACAUGUCCACUCUGAAGGAACGGAACAAAAUGUGCCAUUCUAAUUUAAUAUUCAUCGUGCUCUUCAUUUGUACUGAUUAUGUAACGGGCGAUAUCAGUACGUCCUUAGCCUUAAGUAAGUUGAACUCCGGUGCAACAUUUUUCGCUGGACCAUACCUGGACGGGAGCGGCGUUAGCAAUGUAACUACACAAAUCGGAACACAUGCAUAUCUGCCGUGCAAGGUGAAACAGCUAGGGAACAAAUCUGUUUCGUGGGUACGAGUGAGAGAUGACCACAUCCUCACAGUGGACAGAAUGACAUUUAUAGCCGACGAGCGCUUUCAAUCAUUCUACGUGGAGAGCAGCGGCGUUUGGACGCUGCAGAUCAAAUACGUGCAGGCCCGUGACGCUGGCAUUUACGAGUGUCAGGUGUCGACGGAACCGAAAAUCAGCGCCCGAGUACAUCUGCAUGUCGUUGUGCCAAGAACCGAGCUUAUAGGUGACUCCGAUCGCUACGUCAAGGCCGGCAGCGCCGUUAUCCUACGAUGUGUGGUCCGGGGCGCCCUCGAGCCGCCCUCCUACAUCAUCUGGUACCACGGUACGCAGCAGAUCUUCACCGAGAGCCGGCGUGGCUGGAAGACGCAGCUCGACCGCGGUGCGCCCGAUCUCGACGGGGACAUUCACAGCACGAUUGGCUCGCUGAUAAUCGAAUCGACGAAAAAGAGGGACUCCGGAAAUUACUCCUGCAGCCCAUCCAACAGUCCACCGAUCACCGUCUCGCUGCACGUCAUCAACGGAGAGUCGUCUGCAUCCGCUGUCACGUCAUCGGCAAGAUCGCUGUUUGAUGACAGCAUAUCGAUGUUCAAGCAGCGCAACCUACAGAUUCUACUCCGGCAUAGGUCAUUUGUUAUGCUACUUGUAUUGGUUAUCUAUGCUCAGCUAAGCUGUCAUGUGAACUAUAGUCUUUAAGAGUAAACUUAUCGUAUUAAGGUAGAGUCAGUGACACACGGUGGGAGUGGGGACAUAUGAUGGGGGCCGGAAGGGGCCGUGGGGGAGAAAGAUAAAAAGGGCAAAACUUAUCCGUAAACAAGCGCAUACACAACAAAGAAAAAACACUAAGCGGAAAUAACGAGAUUCCAAGGAAAACGGGGAAAAUGAAUCCCCUGAACCCUUAAAGGAUCAAAGAAGCAGUGAAGAAAGCGACAGAAGUCACCCACACACACACAGAGAAACACAAACGGUCCGCGAUCCGCAUAUUAAAGAUAAGUUAAAACGCGCCCAACUGGAAGAGAGAGAGAGAGGAGGAGCGGAUCAAAGGGGAAAAAAAGGGGGAAAAAGAAGAACGAAAACAAAAAAGAACAGACACACCCACACACAAACGACACACGAAACGAACAAGUAAGAAUAAUUCGAAAAUCAUCCACGUCCAUUCUCUAUCGCUAAAUACACACUUAAGAAGAAGAAGAAGAAGCAGAAGAAGUAAGCCUCCCCGGGGGGCACUAGAGGGGAGAGAAAUGGGAGACAAAAAAAGACGAUAAAGAAGGAGAGAGAGAAAAAAAAACAAACACAUUCGCAUAAAAUAACAUGGUUAGGCUGCGGCCAGGUUAACGAUGAUGUGAAAAUUUUGCUCAUACAAAGCGUUCGAGGAGAUAGUGAGAGAGAGAGAGAGAGAGAGAACAAACAAACACACAAAAAAGCACGCGAAACUCGCCGAAAGCUUCGGUGAAAAGUCCGCCGCUGAGAAAGGGGGCCUCUCUGACGCACGCACACAAACACACGCACACACACGUACAGGCAGUGGUGUGCUGGAAACAAGCUCAUAAGGACAUAAGCAUAACACAUGCGCCGGCACAUCGUUCAUUCGUGACUGAUAAAAACGGGAAAGUUUCGCUAAAGUUUAGUUUCGCCCGGGCUGUGGAUGUUUCGCGACUACGGACGUACGGAGAAUGGACCCGAUAGGGAUAAUGGGACCCCAGGAUCCGAGCUGGGUAUCCUUCUGAAAAAAGGGGUUUCCCGGAAAAGGCAUUCGCUUUCGCGCGGUGAAAGCGAAGACGAAACCUCCCUGCGCUUCCAAAACAAAACAAAAAAAAACAGACAACCCGCUGAUGAAGACGAUGUUAAGUAGGUGGAGCACCUGGGCGGGAUUGUUUGGUUGCUUUUUUCUUCGUC